UUCAUUGCAGACGCUGCGAGGGUGCAGCCAGGAGCCACGAUGGCCUCGUACACUGCUUACAGUGGCUACACGAAGCCCCCCCAGUCGUAUGCGGGCUCCUACUACGAUGAGAAACAGGCCAAGGCCUACACCGAUUAUCAGGACUCGGUGUACGAGGAGAAACAGAGGCGUGAGAAGAAGGACCGCAGUGACGCCAUCUGCUGCGAGGUGGUGGCGCUCGUCAUCGGCUUCGUGGGACUAAUCGGAGUGGCGGCCGUGACGGGCCUGCCGAUGUGGAAGGUGACGGCUUUCAUCGAGGAGAACAUCAUUGUGAUGGAGACCCGCUGGGAGGGACUAUGGAUGAACUGCUACAGACAGGCCAACAUCAGAAUGCAAUGCAAGGUGUACGACUCCCUACUGUUUCUGCCCCCCGACCUCCAGGCCGCCCGAGGCCUGAUGUGCAGCGCCGUGGCCCUCUCCGCCUUCGCCCUCAUUGUUUCAGCAGUGGGGAUGAAGUGUACCCGAGUGGUGGACCACCGGGCUCGCACCAAGCACAUCGUUCUGGUGGCCGGAGGCUGCCUGUUCCUCCUGGCCUGUGUCACCACCCUGAUCCCUGUGUCCUGGACCGCUCACGUCAUCAUCAGGGACUUCUACAACCCGCUGCUGAUCGACGCGCAGCGCCGGGAGCUCGGGGAGGCUCUGUACAUCGGCUGGGUGACCGCGGCUCUGCUCUUCAGUGCCGGGGUGAUCCUGCUGUGCCGCCACGCUCCCCGCACCCAGGAAUCAGACGAGAGGAUUGUGUACAACCCCGGGGACAACAUGUACCAGCCUAAUUACAUGUACCAGCCAAACAACUACCAGCCGGCCUACACCUACCAGCCGUCCUACACCUACCAGCCGGCCUACUCCCAGCCACCGCCAGGAUCUGUGGCUUACACACCAAGUCGGUACUAGAGGAAUCAAACACAGAGACUAUUUUGAUUUAUUGCGAUUGAGAAUAAACUGACGAACCGGAGGAGAGGCUGUCACUGGAAAUGGCCGGAUCUUUUAUUCCUUUCUCAGAAAGGGCCACGUGUGCUUUAAUCAUGAUGAACCCUGUUGAAUUUUUACAUUCUUUGUUUCAGUGUGAUUGAUUUUCACUAAAUUAUAUCAGUUAAUGAGGCGCAACGUUUUUAUUUAGAAAAAUCUGCAACAAUAUAAUCUGUUGUGUCGUCUUUACAGCCUCUGCUGAUGCUCUUUGAGAACAAACUAUGCACUAUAGGCCUUUUUCAGAUAACAUACCUCCAAAUGAGUUUUUGUUGUGAAUGUACAUACUUGUUCAAAAUGUUUGGCCAAAAAAUACAAGGUCAACUGUGGUUUACAAUAAAGGGAAAAUGUUCAGAAAACUGAGAAACUUGUUAUUUUCUUUUCUGGUUUAAACUGAUGGAGAUUAAAGUUUAAACCCCGGUUACACAAUAGCCUUUGUUUCACAGCCUGCCUGGGAAACAGGAGUUCCUACAUAGCCACUGUUUGUACAUGGAGAGUUGUUAUGUCGUCUGAGGUAGAAAUGUGCCUGAACUGGUAAAACCAGACCGUUGACAUGGGUCCGCUCACAACACAAAGACACCGAGAGAUUUAAUUACUUCCACGCCAGAGCUACAACUCCCAGGUUUAUUAGACCCUGACACAGAGAAAUCAAGAAAACCCAGACAGGAGAUACAACACUGACAGAGACACGCAAUCACACAGUAAUAAAUAAUGUAAAAAGAGGAUGUUCUUUUUGUUGAUGUUUUGUCUCUAAAGUCCCACUGCAGUUACAUUUUUAAAACAUACAGCAAACCACCAUGGCAAAUGAUAAAGAACUAAAUUGAUUAUAUUUGGAAUUAUGUUCUUUGCCCUCACUUAUGAUUCAAAACAUACAAAUUCCUUUAUACUAUAUACUCUUUAUUAUUAUUAUUAUUAAUCGUGGCAGUAGUUUUUGUUGUAUAGGGUUUACAUUUUUUUGUUUAUUAUAAGGAAUUCAUUUUAACACAGCUCAACAUUCAAAUCUAAAAAUGUCCAAUGCUGUUGUUUUUAUCCUGUCAUGUCAAAUUUGAAUAAACAAAACCUGGACCCCAGGACAAACCCUAGAUUGAG